AUGUUUACGACGCGUGGGUCAGUCGACUUUAUGGCAUUGAUGGGCAGUGAUGAGCAACCAUGGGCUGAUACGUCGGAGGGGCGGCGUGGCAGACUGACUACACAUGCAAAAGAAGAAGGUCCAACAAACUUCCACGAUAUGGGCUGA